CUUCAGAAUAUGAUAAACGUUCAGUCAGUUCAGUCCUAAUCUGUAAAAUCAACGCUCAAGUCAUAUUUUCAUAUUUUUUUGUUUGUGCCUGCAUUUCUGUGUGCUUUGCUGCUUUUUUUUUGAAAGAUAUAAAAAAAAUUCCAUAAAAUUUGAAGUGAUAUAAAAUUUUCGUUUGGUGAUUUAUCAAACAGUGCAAGAGAACAAAUAAAUAAAAGAAGCUCAGCAAUGUUGGCAGUAAAAAAAAUUGCAAUUAUUGUUUUCGUCUGUUGGUUGUCAACUUUCUACUGUGAUUGUCGACCUGCCGAUGAUAAAAAAGACACGAAUCCAAUAGGUGUAAAGGAUACUGAAGAUGAAUUUGUUAUUACGAAGCCUGAAACUGUAGAUGCCAAAUACACAGACUUCAUAGACGAAUUGUACAAGCAUGAUAACGAAAAAAAGGCAGGCAAAUCAAAGCGUGAUUUAUCUAAUGUAAGUGAGGCAAGUAUACAUGGUGAGCCGAUAUCCUUCGAUCUCGCCGUCAAUGAAAUAAUAAGGGACAAUGAAGAUGAAAAGCGGGGAAGGCGAAUGCUUGUAUUUCGGUAUUCUUACGGAUGGAUGUAUCAAUCAACUAAUAUAUUAAUUUUGUCUUUUACAGGCCGCUUUUCGUGUAUAAAAAGAAGGAGAUUAAAAGGAGACCUCAAUAAGCAAACAACAUGACCAUAGAACACACAUUUUCAUGAGCACGGCUGCUGAUGAUGAGAGAUGCACAAGUUUAAAUCGCAUUAAAAAACUUAAUGUCUGAACAAUAAUAAUAAUAAUUAUUACGUAAUGUUGACUAAAUAGUGUAAAAAGGAAAAUAUCACACGUAUGCGACAUUUAAUUUUAAUGUAAAUUUUUUCUGUUAUCUGGGACGUAUUUAGGGGGUUUUGGGGUCCUUGACAGGAGAAAUGUGUUUCAUUUUGAUUCAAUUCUGUUGAAUGUACCCCCUUCCUAUGUCCCUAUCUCUCAUCAUCAUCCUCACAACAUCAUUUGUAUAAUUUUUUCCAUUAAAUCAAAAAAAAAAAACAGUUGAAAGUUACUUUAUUUAAAAUAUGUACUUUAAUAUACGAUAUAAUAUAUGUUAAUUAACAUUG